AAACAUCCUCCAAGUUCUCUGCGAGGUCCAUCCACACACAGGAUGCCUGAACCUUGGCUUGAUACAAACCAAUAUAUCACAGUGCUGCCGCUGAGCAGCGCACUGUUGGAUGGAGGCGAGCGAAUCCAGAUAAACAGUCCUUCGCAGGGAGCGCAGCCACGAGCGAUCCUUUUUUUAUCCAUUCAUUACCACUUUCGCUCAGCACCAAAUCUCUCAUCGCACGAGACCCUGACAGCGGAUACGACAGGGAUUGAGCAUGUCGCUCUCCUUAGAUGCCUUAGAAGCCUGGGAAGCGGAAACGACUCAGCUCACAAUUACUCCCGUCGUUCAGUGCUGCCCACUUCCGAGCAUGGAUCAGUGCCGACGCGUCGGAGUGUUGCGCAAAGGCGACCACGGGCAUCCGAAAACUCGCUAGCAAGAAGCUAGCUGUCAAGAACUGAUGAUCAAGUGGAUAGCCUCGCCAUAACUGGUGGAAUCCAUCUCCUUGCAAAAAAAAAAAGCAUCAGCACCACGGCAAAGUAUAUCCACUGUCAUUCAGUCCUCCCACUCCUCCUGCGCUUUGCGCCUUCUUGGAUUUUACCGCUGAAACCUUGUCCUCCAUGGCGAAUCCUCCUUGCUAUCCGCCUGCACUGCACUGGCCAUCCAGGUUGGCAGCCAAAAGCAAAAGCACCGCACCCAGUUGCUUACUUCCGCUGUAGCGCUGACGUCUAUCGCAACAAGGAAGCACAACACACGUGCGCUCUGCACUCUCAGGCUCUUGUACAUAGCAUCGCAUUCUGUGUAAUAAAACGCUAUGCGCACUUGUUUUUUGUGAUGUGAUCCAAUGCGAUCCCACAGU